AUGCCCAGAGGCCAUAGCAAGGGGGGAGCGGGAUUUGAAUCUGCCAUAUGGGGUUGGUGGGAUAUUUUCCAGGAUAACCCUGCCAGAACCAACGAAAAGGCUGUGAGACAUUGUGGCCUACUCACCACUGACUAUGCGGACCACCUUUCAUGUGUUGGACUGGAUCAUGGUAUCAACAACUGGAAUUUACCUAUAUAUGGAUGUAUGCAUAAUCAUGUUGGGCCAGCUGAGUAUCUUGUAACUGCUCAUUGCUCACUUAUGGGUGUUGAUCCCAGAUCCACCCAUUCUUGCCUCCUCCUUCCCUCUUGGCUUCAGCUAUGUGAGAAGUUCAGAGUGAACACUUCACAAUCCAUGUCAGGGUCUAAUUGCUUGAUGUGCCCAACGACAACACCCAAUGACAACAAUGCGGACCCAGACAGCUAUUCAUGCAAACUCCACAUAUAUAUGGGUCCUAGAAAGCCCUGA